GAUCCGCGGCUGGAGCGGGAUUUCUACCGGACGCUGGCGCUGCUCAAGACGCGGGACCCCCGGAUCUACCAGCCGGACGCCACCUUCUACAGCCCCCCCGGCUCCUCGUCGGAGAGCGAGGCGGAGCGGCCGGCGCGGCCGGAGCGGCCCAUGUUCCUCAAGGAUUACGAGCGGAAGGUGAUGCUGGAGAAGGAGGGCAAGUACGUGGAUGAGGAGGACGAGGAUGAGGAAGCGGCGGCCGCGCGGAGGAAGAGAGCCGCAUCCAAGAGCUACGCGGAGGAGCAGCGGGAGCUCAAGGAGAGCUUCCGGGCCUUGGUGGCCGACAGCGAUGAGGAGGAGGAGGCCGAAGGCUCCUCGUCCCUGCUGCGGCGCCGCAGCCGCACGGCGGAGGAGACGGCGCGGGAUGAGGCCGACUACAUCCAGUGGCUGAAGGGGCAGCGGGAGCUGCCCGAGGAGCCGCUGCGGGACCUGGUGCCGCUCCAGCGGUUCUGGACCGACCCGGCGCUGGAGCCCGGCGAGCGCUUCCUGCGGGAUUACGUCCUGAGCCAGGGCUACCGCAGCGAGGAGGACGAGGAUGAGGACGAGGAGGAAGACGGCGGCGAGGGGGGGUGAGUGGGGGGACCCCCCCCCGCCGGGCUGGCCGCUCCGGACUCUGCGGACGAGGGCGAGCGCUUCCUGGCGGCGCAGGAGGCCUUCGAGCAUCGCUACAACUUCCGCUUCGAGGAGCCCGGCUCCGAGCAGGUGCAGACCUACCCGCGCAGCGUCGCCAGCUCCGUGCGGCGCCGCGACGAGCGCCGCAAGGAGAAGCGGGAGCAGAUCCGCGAGAGGAAGAGGAAGGAAAAGGCCCGGAAGCGCGAGGAGCUGAAGCAGCUGAAGAACCUCAAGCGGGAGGAGAUCGCGGCCCGGCUGGCGCGGCUGCGCCAGGCGAGCGGCGGCGCCGGCUUCUCGGAGCGCCUGCUCCGCGGCGACUUCGACCCGGCCCAGCACGACCGCCUCAUGGGGGUCGGGACCGAAACCCCCGUCUCGGAGCGGGAGGAGCGCCAGGAUCAGGCCAACUACAGCCGCCGCGCCCGCGACGUCCGCAAGAAGCAGCAGAUCCUGAAAUCCCUCUCGGCUCCCCCCGAGGAGCCGGAGCCGGCGGCCAAGGCCAAGGCAGGGAAGAAACAGCGGGAAAAGCGGUGGAAGCGGAAGGAGGCGGCCGGAGCGGAGCCGGAGCCGCAGCCGGAAAAGCCGGAGCAUCCGGAGCGUCCGGAGAAGCGGCCGGAGCGGCCGCRUCCCCGGCGAGCGGCGCCCUUGGGAGCGUCCGUGCGUCUCGGCGGCCGGGAUUUCUCCGGGAAGCGCCUGGAAGCCUUUGGCCUCAACCCGCGGCGCCUCCGCUACCGGCAGCUGCUGCGGCGCCAGCGGAAGCGGGAAGAGCGGCGGCCCCGGCAGAGCUUUAAUUCCCRGCGGGAGCCGGAUUCGGGCAAAAAAGGGAAGGGGGGGAAAUCCUGA